CAACCAAUGAGGAGAGCGCUGGGUAGCGGCGGCCUGUCAGUGAGCGGGUGGGGGGUCGGAUGCAGCAGCGGCUGGGCUUCGGCGGGCGGAGAGCGAGUGAAGAGCAGCAGUAGGGAGCAGCGGGCUCCGCUGGGGUUUAGCGGGUUCACCCUUCUCUCCCUUCCCCACGUCUCCUCAUCCGGGCUCGGGCUCAGUUAAGCCCGGCGCCCAGGCUCUAGCCUCUAGCCUCGGCCUUUCCCAUCCCUCACAGCCCCGCAGUCAUGGCUGGGCUGUCGGCGGCGGCGCACGGGGAGUCGGCCUUCAACCCCCAGGAAAAGGAGCUGGCGGAGCGCUUCAAGCGCCUGUACCCGGCCGUCGACGAGCAGGAGACGCCGCUGCCGAGGUGCUGGAGCCCGAAGGACAAGUACAGCUACAUUGGCCUGUCUCAGAACAACCUGCGGGUCCACUACAAAGGUCAUGGCAAAACGCCAAAAGAUGCCGCUUCAGUCCGUGCGACUUUUCCUAUUCCUGCUGCAUGUGGGAUUUAUUACUUCGAGGCAAAGAUAGUCAGCAAAGGAAGAGAUGGGUAUAUGGGCAUUGGACUUUCUGCUCAAGGUGUCAACAUGAACAGACUACCAGGCUGGGAUAAACAUUCAUAUGGAUAUCAUGGGGAUGAUGGACACUCAUUCUGUUCCUCUGGGACAGGACAGCCCUAUGGACCAACGUUUACAACUGGGGAUGUAAUUGGUUGCUGUGUAAACAUGAUCAAUAAUACAUGUUUCUACACAAAGAAUGGUCACAGUUUAGGUAUUGCUUUUACAGAUCUACCGCCAAAUUUAUAUCCCACAGUCGGACUGCAGACGCCAGGAGAGGUGAUAGAUGCUAAUUUUGGACAGCAUCCAUUUGUUUUUGAUAUAGAGGACUACAUGCGAGAAUGGAGAUCUAAAAUUCAGACCCAGAUUGAAAGAUUCCCUGUAGGAGAUCGAGAAGGGGAAUGGCAGACAAUGAUUCAAAAAAUGGUUUCAUCUUACUUAGUGCAUCAUGGUUAUUGUGCCACAGCUGAAGCCUUUGCCAGAUCCACAGGACAAGCUUUCCAAGAGGAGCUAGCAUCAAUUAAAAAUAGACAAAGAAUUCAGAAAUUGGUACUGGCUGGAAGAAUGGGAGAAGCAAUUGAAACAACGCAACAGCUAUAUCCAGGUCUUCUUGAAAGAAAAUCCAAUCUCCUUUUUAUGUUAAAAGUCCGCCAGUUUAUAGAAAUGGUAAAUGGAACCGAUAGUGAAGUACGGUGUCUAGGAGGCCGAAGUCCAAAGUCUCAAGACAGCUACCCAGGUAGCCCUAGAACCUUCAACAGUCCCAGCAUGAGUCCCAGCCAUGGGAGCAACAUCCACAUCCUAGCAGCAUGCAAAGGGAAUGGUGCACAUAGUCACUUUACAGGUUAUGAAAAUAAUUGUAGCAAUGGUAUAAUAUCCAAUAAAGGUCACCAAUCCAGUAGUCACAAUAAGCAUCCAACCUUGUGUUUAAAUACUCCAGAACUAAACAGUAUAAAUACUGCAAGAUCUCAGCAAUCAAACAGUUGUAACAGAGACAAUAAUGAUAUAGAUAUGGAGACUGAGCACUACACCAAUGGGGUGGCAGAGACUUCAUCAAAUGGUUUCCUUAAUGGCACUUCAAAACAUGAUCAUGAUAUGGAUGAAAAUGAUGCAGAGAUGGAAAUAGACUUGACUAUGUCACGACGCCAACUUUGUGGAGGCAGUCAGGCAGCGAUUGAACGUAUGAUUCAUUUUGGGCGGGAACUGCAAACAGUGAGUGAGCAGCUAAGAAGAGAAUGCGGCAAAAAUACAGCUAAUAAAAAAAUGCUUCAGGAUGCAUUUAGUUUGCUUGCUUAUUCUGAUCCAUGGAACAGCCCAGUAGGAUAUCAGCUUGAUGUGGUGCAGAGAGAACCUGUGUGCUCAGCAUUAAAUAGUGCUAUAUUAGAGUCCCACAAUCUGCCAAAGCAGCCCCCAUUGGCUCUCGCUAUUGGUCAGGCUUCAAAAUGUCUAGAGUUGAUGGCCCGUUUGGGUAUUGGUUCAUGUGCGUUUGCCACCAUGGAAGAAUAUUUGCACUAGCUAUGUGUUUGUACAGCUCAACCUAGAGCUACCUUAACAUUUAGUGACCUUAUUCAGCACCAUGUCUGCUGAAGGGAAACUGACUUUUAAUUUCCAGUGAUCUUUUGGAGACAGAUCCUACAUGUCACUCUACUUCUGCUUCCUACUUUACAGCAUGGUCCAGCUGUUUUCUAACUAAUAUGCACAGUUCAUUGACAUGUUUUUGCAUUUUUUUAUAUCAAUGUCUGGAGGAGUUGUAACAGUGUAGUAUGUAUAUCUGUUUCAGUGGAACUUUACUGUGCUUCCUUUUUAAUUCCUCAAACAUGUCAAAAUGUUUUCAUCUUAACUGAGCUGGUUAAAGCUCUAGAUGAAAUAAAGGUCCAUUCAGGACAAUGUCACUCAUUCAUGAAUAUUUGGAAUUGGCUAAAAAUGUCAAGAAACUGCUUUAAUUGAAGUGAGAAUGUGUGAAUAAAAGUAUUUAGUUACAGAUUAAAACCAAAAAAAACUAGGUUUUUUGUACUUUAUUAAGAUGUAACUUUUGUGAUAAACCAAAAUUUGCAAAUUGCUGUUGUGUGAGUGGAUCUUCAACAGUGAGCAUGUCAAAUGCAAAAUGGAUUAAAAAAUUUUACAUCAGUCUACAUCAAAAAUUACAUGCUUGAGUAAUCUGGUGGAUCUUUUUAAGUAUAAUUGGAUGGAAGGGAAAUGAAGGCUUUCCCCUUGAGUAUUGUAAAUCUUCAUUCCUCAGGAGCUGAAAGGCAGUGUCAACAAUAGUGAAUGGCUGACUGUAGUCUGCUGGUCUCAUUUUUUUUCCCCCUCCAGGUUGUCUUUGUCUGUACAUGCUCCCAAUCUUCACUGUUUUCUUCAUUUCCCCCAGAACAUUGUUUAAAUGCAGAGAAAUCCAUUCCACGCCCAUCAUUUUAACCAUUGUAAAAUAACAGUGUUAAGUACUUGUCAACACAUUGUGUGGUAAUGACUUUAUUUAUAUUAAACCAAAUACUUAGUCAAAAUCUGCAAUGUCUUAAUUUAAACUUUGUACACUCUGCAUUUUAAGCUUGAGUGAGUACUUUACUGCAAUAAACAAAUGUAUGAACCAUAAUUAAUCAGCUAUUAAAGAUUUAAAUCUAUUGAAUUGAGUAGUGGUUCUUUGCUAGCCUUUGCAUUAUUUGCAAACAAAAAUGGGCAAGUUUUUGAAACUGUUUACCAUGAUAUGCAUCUUCUAACUGAUGUUUAAAAGUUCCAUUCAUUGCUUGAUUCAUACCCUUAAUAUAGUUAGGUUUACAUUUAAGGGUAGAUGCUAGCUUGAUCUGAUUCAGCAUAUUCCCUGCACCACUGCUUAGUAAACUGUACUCUCUGCAGCAAAUUUAAAAUAAUGGACAUGAUUGUUCUUGAACACUUUAAGCCAACUUGUUUAUAUGGAUAUCAUUUCAAGCUAUGGUAAUUGAGAUCGAGUGAAUAACUUGUGAUGUCUGUAGUGACCCUGUACAGCUUUAUAUUUAAUUUGAGGAAAAUCCAUUUAAAUUACUUUUAACCUUGCUAAUCGAGCAUUAAAUUUUGUUUCUUUGAGUAGAGAAUUCUAAUUGUAAUAUUGACCGAUAUUUGCUGAUUGAGGAUUUAAGCCAUGCAGCUUGUGGGACCUUGUGUGUGCAAUUGAUGGUUGCCUGUUCCUAUAAUAGUGUCUACAUUUCAAAAUAUUUAAUUGCUUAAUGAAGUGCUUUGGUAGGUCCAGAGACUGUGCGAAGUACCAAUACAAGAGCAAUAUUGAAAACUGGUUUUAAUGGCUUUUUGUUAUUGUGCUUUGGCAAGAUGGAAAUAAUUAGCAUUAAAUUUCAAGGGAAGAUGUUCCAGACCGUAACUGGGCUCUUGUAAGGUUCAAGUGUCAAGAACUUUGUUUUGCAGCUCCCUUGCUGUGAAGUGUUUGCCAUCUGCUUAAGUUUCCUAUGUAAUUGAUAUUUUAAAAACUGGGGAAAAUGAAAUGCGUCCUUCCUGCUGUAGCAUUUCAAGAGAUGUCACAACCUCAAUACUUGAGGAUCAGUAUUCCAACAUUAUUUUUGGUUUAUUGUGGGCAGGUCUCUGACAGAAUUCUUGGUGCCAUAGUUGCCUACUGAGGCACAAUGGCACUUCUUCCUGGCCAUGUAGUGAUAUUUUCUCUAUCUAAGCAGAUCUUCGAUGCCUCAAUUUUGUAGAACAACUCUAGUGCAUGUGGAUGCUUUAUCUUGAAUAUUCAGUUAUAUUUUACAAUAUCAGUUUGGUUCAAAAUUGCAUUUAAGGUUCGAGCCCUAGUGUCAGCUGAUUUCUUAGUAUACUACUAUUUAAAUGAAAGUUUCAUUAGAUCCUUCUCUAUUUUAGAAAAAUCCUAAGACUAUUUCAAGUAAAAUUAAGUUUACUUGGUGAGCAAUUCUUAGUCAUAACUUUUUUAAAAAAGGGUAAUGACCCCUAUAACACAAGGAGACAAUACAAUCCAUAGUCCAUCUUUCAAAGAAUUGUAAUUAUUCACUAACAUCUUCUCUAUACUUUUGCAUGUUUCCUUUCCUAGUAUAUACAAUUCCUUUUUAAAAAGUUGCUAUUAGUUUGGUUGUAUCAGUGUUGGCAACUUAAUUAAUAACAAUCUGCAUCUCUUCCUUCCAGCUACUGAAUUAGCUGUAAUUUGUUCUGGUUACUGAUUCCCCUGCAGAUGGAAGUAUGCAACAGAUCAGCCAACAACUGUGCAGAAACAGCACUUGUAGGUUGACAGACUUUCAUUAUAACCCAUUUCUCUCUACCUAAUCCCCUAGCAAUGUUGAAUCAUUGUUAAACCACCAAGAGAAUAAUCUUAGCUUCUCCAGUCUCCUCUGUAACUGGAAUUCUGUAUCUCCUUACAGUGGCAUGCAAAAGUUUGGGCACCCCUGGUCAAAAUUUCUGUUACUGUGAAUAGCUAAGUGAGAAAAAGAUGACCCGAUCUCCAAAAGGCAUAAAGUUAAAGACACAUUU